UCGUUCUCAUCUUCUAAGAUACAGUCCGAUUGUCUUAAUUCGCUAUCCGCGCUGCGAAAUCAACAUAUGAUGAAUAUCAAUAAAUACUCUUCUAUAUCGUAUUUGUUAGUCGAUGAAAGACCUAAUAAACGUUUUAAAAGAGGCCUCAUCGACUUAGGUGGUUCUUUGUUAAAAACUAUUUUUGGUACGCUUGAUUCUGAAGACGCAGUCAAGUUUUCUAAAGCCAUUGAAGAUGUUCAGACGGAUGAAAAACAUCUCGCUCAUCUAAUGAAAGAUAACAUUCAUGUAAUUAAAUCUACUAUUACUUCUUUCAAUAAUUCUAUAUCUAAAGUGGACGAAAAUGAGAAACAUCUCAUGAAAAAUAUGGAAACGAUCCACAAAAUCUUAGAUAAUUUAUCUAAUUCAAAUGAUAAAUUAGAAAUAAAAACUCAAAUGAGUUCUUUAUUAAAUUCAUUAGAAUCAAUAAUUUUAACGUUAUCUUUUGAUAUUGAUGAUAUUAAUAAUAGUAUUUUAUUUGCGAAACUAAACGUUUUGCAUCCGACUGUACUUAGUCCACAUCAGUUGUAUAACGAGUUAGAUAAACAUAGAAAUAAUCUGCCUAGCCAUUAUGAGCUCCCUGUGUCGUUAACAUUACAUAAUAUUCAUGAACUCAUUGAUAUUUCUAAACUUGCAUGCUUUUAUCAUUUAAAUAAAAUUAUUAUCGUAGUUAAGAUACCAUUAGUUAUACCACAAGUAUAUAAUUUAUAUAAUAUAAUUCCCUUACCUGUACCGUAUGAUAUAACGAAGCCAGAUACUUAUGCGCUCAUCUCUCCGUCAAGUUCAUAUUUAGCGAUAACAGCUGAUCGUAUGUUUUACUCACCCAUUCAAGACUUGAACCAGUGCAAGGUCAUAAGUGAAAAGUGCUAUAUAUGUGUUUUAGUGAAUGUGUACUCGGUUAUCGCGAAUCCAACGUGUGAAACGACUCUAUUGAGUGACGUAGUAAAUAAGCUUCCUGACUUUUGUCAAAUACAUUUAAUUCGUGGUUCUAUAGAUGUAUUUCAUAAGAUAAGUUUUAACAGAUGGAUAUUCGUACAAUCAGAGCCAGGUAAAUGUCAUAUCACAUGUAAUAACAAUAUAGAUAAUACAGAUAUAAUAUUAUUUGGUACUGGCAUCUUGACAUUGCCGAAAAAUUGUAAGGCAUUCUAUAAAACCCUACAAUUCACUGCCGUCGGUGAAACUUUUAUGGGUAAUAUUAGUAAUAAAAUAUCAAAUUUUAAUAUAUUAUUAGAUGACUGCUGUGAACGGUCUAAAGUUAAUAAAACAUUAGAUAAAUUACCUUAUAGUAAACUUAAUAAUAUCGAUAACUUCGAUUCCUUACUUCAUGCUAGUAAACACUUAAAUUCCUUCGAAAAAGAAUUAAAUAAAUUAGAGAAUCCAUCUCAUUUUGAAACUUAUGGAAUGCAUUACUUAUCUCUGAGCUACAUAACUAGCAUCUUAGUGAUACUGUAUCUUUUAUAUAAAUAUAGAAAUGUUUUUUGUAAGAAACCAGCAUCUUGCUGUAUUCAAAUUUAUAAUCAAUGUAAUAAUACGAAAAAUAUAAGAAAUGCUAAUCCUAAAAUGGUCAUCUGUCAAACUGAAGAUGAACCUCAAGACUACAAUUCUGAGAUUGAGACAAAUGAUUUGCCCACUCCUUUGAAACGAAAUAUUAUGAUUAGUAAAUCUCAUGAUUCGUGAUUCAAUUUUCUAUAUUUUAAUACUAUUCUAAUUGUAAUAUUAAUUUACUAUUCUAAUUAAUAAAUAUGUUCUAUGGGCAGUUUUAUUAUAUUAAUAAAUGUUAAAACACUUAAAAUAUAGAUUUAAAUAUUGUAGUAAAUACCCAUGAUGAAUUUUUAAUUAAGACAAGAUAACGUAUGUAGAUGUUUUAUUAUUUUGAUUGUCAAUUUUAUAUUUAAGAUUAAUCUUUUUUAUUUUUAUCUUUGGUCGUUAUUAUAUUUCAGUUGAGGUCAAACGAGAAUCCAAUCAAUCCUUCCGGUCAGUUUUAUCUUAUUUAAAUCUCUCAUCACUUUAAAUGGUGAUGAUCGAUCUUAACGGGGGGGUUGUUAUAAUAUAAUUUCUAUUAGUUCUUAUUAAAAUGAAAAACGCAACAUAGACGUUUCCUAUCGCAUUGUCGUCAUGCAAUAGGAAACCGAGUCUUG